AUGUCUCUUGGGGAUAGUCCUCACUUGCUGCUCGGCCGGAUUCGCUUUCUAAACCGGUGCAUUGAGUGUUUCCGGAAGAGUGAGCCGCUUCCCGAUAGCCUGUGUUAUGUGCCCGGCGAAGUGUGCUACAAAAUCUGCAAGGAUUCGUCGUCCAGUGCCUGCGCUGCCGCCUCCGGGACUUCCACGGGGGGCUCAGGCAAGACAGUGGUGUCCGUCUUUGACAGCCCCCACCAGAGUCCCAUUAAUAAGAAACUAUGCAAGUACACAAUUGAAUUAAAGAAAGGGACAUGUAUCCGAACCACAGGGGAGGAGUACUGUAAUAGCCAAGGCCUCUGGGUCAAGAUCAAUAAGGAGCAGCUGGAGGAGCACCGUCCUGGGCAGGAGCUACAGGAGGGUUGGAUCCUGGUGUGCAAGCACACCGAGGGUGGCGACAGACUGGUACCAGUGGAGUCGGCCGAGACGGUGAGCAGACAGCAGCAACUCUUUGGCUACGACCACAAAGCAUGCAACAGGUGGGAGCAGGUGGUGGAUGUGGAGAACGCCUUGUUCUUAGGUGCCAAACCCAAGAUCGCACAGCCAGAUGCUGCCGCUGUAGAGAAGCUCAGGUACAUGCCCCCGACGUGGACGUACGAAUGCGACGAGGACCUCGUGCACUACUUCUACGAUCACAUCGGCAAAGAGGACGAGAAUCUAGGCAGCCUGAAGCAGAGUGUGACCAGCAUUGACGUUUCUUCAUGUUCAGAGGAUCCAAGUGGUGGCGUGAACAGCCUAACAGACGGCGACACCAAAACGUACUGGGAAAGCGAUGGAAUGCAGGGACAACACUGGAUACGCCUUCACAUGAAGAGAGGGACUGUCGUCAAUAAGCUGAUUUUAACAGUGGACUCAACAGACGACAACUACAUGCCAAAGAGGGUGACAGUGUACGGAGGCGAAGGAGACACCCUUAAGAAGCUGAGUGAUGUCACCAUUGAUGACAAUCUGAUUGGGGAAAUAUGUGUGCUGGAAGACAUGUCAUCCCACCUGCCAAUAAUUGAGGUCCGAAUUGAGGAAUGUCGGGAUGAGGGAAUAGAUGUGCGGAUCCGAGGCUUGAAGAUUAAGUCAUCAUGCGAGCGAGACUUGGGACUAAAUGCUGAUGUCUUUCAGUCCUCUUACUUGGUGCGUUACCCCCGUCUACAGGGGAUGCCGGCCGAUGUCCUUUACCGCCGAGCGCUGAUCAUCCAGAGGUUCAUUUCCUUACUAGAUAGUGUCCUCCCACACUUUGUGCCAGCCUGGGAUUACAGCCUCGGCACCUUUAACCUCAUCAAAAGCAUAAAGCAAUUCCUCCUGCAGUCCAAACGCCGCUCUGCGCUGGUCACACAGUGCCUAAAGGACUCAGAGACCAGCAAGCCCAACUUUCUGCCGUGCCUCUAUAUAAACAGGCGGCUGGCCAUGGAGCACAGGGACAACCCCUCACUGGACCCCAGCUGUAAGAACGCCGUCUUCAGUCAGGUGUACGAAGGCCUAAAGCCGUCCGACAAAAUGGAGAAGACUUUGGAUUACAGGUGGCCUGCACGUUACGACCAGUGGUGGGAAUGCAAGUUCAUCGCAGAGGGCAUCAUCGACCAGGGCGGCGGCUUCCGAGACAGCUUGGCCGACAUGUCCGAAGAGCUGUGUCCCAGCUCGGCUGAGUGUCUGAUGCCGCUGCCCUUCUUCACAAGAACGUCCAACCAGGGUGCCCUGGAAGCCAGAGACUACUAUGUCCCCAAUCCAUCCUGCAAAGAAUUCCACAAGUACGAGUGGAUCGGGCAGCUCAUGGGCGCAGCGCUUAGAGGGAAAGAUUUCCUUGUUCUGGCUCUGCCCGGCCUAGUGUGGAAGCAGUUGACCGGGGAGGCUGUCAGCUGGAGUAAAGACUUCCACGCUGUUGACUCUGUACUGGUCAACUUGCUGGACGCCAUGGAUAACAUGGACCGCGAGACGUUCGAGUUCCGUUUCGGCGAGGAGCUGGUUUAUACGACGUUACUGAGCGACGGCCAGAUGGUGGAGCUCGUCCCGGGCGGUGGCAACGUGGCAGUUCGCUAUGAGGAUCGGCGUGAGUUUAUCCGCCUGGUGCAGAAGGCUCGGCUGGAGGAGAGCAAGCAGCAGGUCUCGGCAUUACAAGCCGGUCUGCUCAAGGUGGUCCCCCAGGCGGUUCUAGAUCUGCUCACCUGGCAGGAAGUGGAGAAGAAAGUCUGUGGAGAUCCAGAGAUCAGCGUGGAAGCACUCAAAAGACUCACAUGCUACGAGGACCUGGAACAAAAUGAUGUUCGCGUGCAGUACUUGUGGGAGGCACUCACAAACUUCACCAACGAGGACCGUAGCAGAUUUCUAAGGUUCGUGACAGGUCGAAGUCGUCUUCCGGCCCCCAUCUACAUCUUUUCUGACAAGCAAGUAUUUUGGCAAAGCGAUGCACUUCCGCAGUCUUCCACAUGCUCCAGCACACUCUAUUUACCCAACUACCCGAGCGCAAAAGUUUGUGAGGAGAAGCUGCGCUACGCCGCCUACAACUGUGUGGCCAUUGACACAGACGUGAGCCCUUGGGAAGAGUGA